GUCCAGGUUCAAUGAACCAUAAAAUUUCCCGCAUUACCUUUCUCUUUAUAUCAUAACCUCUUCUUCUCUUUCAAUUUCAUAGCACAAAAAAAUAAAUAAAAAAUCUAACAGUUUUUUACACAAACUUAGAUCAAUACUUCAAAUCUUUCUCCAAUGGCCCUCGCCGUUACUUCUUCUUCAGCAGCAGCUGCAAAAUCAACUUCCGUUUUUUCACGCAUCGGAUCUUCAUCAGAAUCCAAAGUUUUACAAAUUGGUUCGUUAAGAGUUUUGGAGAGAAAUGUUUCAUCUAGCGGUGCUUUGAAUUUGCCUCAGAGAAGAUCUUUGGUGAAGGCUAUUAACGCUGAAUCUCAAAGGAAUGAUUCUAUUGUUCCUCUUGCUGCAACUAUCGUUGCUCCUGAGAUUAUUGAGAAGGAAGAGGAGGAUUUUGAACAAUUAGCAAAAAGCCUUGAAAAUGCUUCACCUCUUGAAAUAAUGGACAAGGCUCUUGAGAAAUUUGGCAAUGAUAUUGCUAUUGCUUUCAGUGGUGCUGAAGAUGUUGCUUUAAUUGAGUACGCACAUUUGACGGGUCGACCAUUUAGGGUGUUCAGUCUUGACACUGGGAGACUGAAUCCAGAAACAUACAGAUUGUUUGAUGCAGUCGAGAAGCGCUAUGGAAUCCGCAUUGAAUACAUGUUCCCUGAUGCAGUUGAGGUUCAAGCAUUAGUAAGAACAAAGGGGCUCUUCUCAUUUUAUGAGGAUGGACAUCAAGAGUGCUGCAGAAUUAGGAAGGUGAGGCCCUUAAGAAGAGCACUUAAGGGUCUCAGAGCAUGGAUAACUGGACAGAGAAAAGAUCAGUCACCUGGUACUAGGUCUGAAAUACCUAUUGUUCAGGUUGAUCCUGUUUUUGAGGGAUUGGAUGGUGGGAAUGGUAGCCUGGUAAAGUGGAACCCAGUUGCCAAUGUGAAUGGUAAUGACAUAUGGACUUUCCUAAGGACAAUGGACGUGCCUGUUAAUUCAUUGCAUUCCCAAGGAUACGUUUCCAUUGGUUGUGAGCCAUGCACAAGGCCAGUUUUACCUGGACAGCAUGAAAGAGAGGGAAGGUGGUGGUGGGAGGAUGCCAAAGCAAAGGAGUGUGGUCUUCACAAAGGCAAUUUGAAACAGGAUGAUGCUGCCCAAAUGAAUGGUAAUGGAAACGGUGUCGCCCAUUCAAAUGGCUCUGCCACAGUUGCCGACAUUUUCAACACCCAGAAUGUAGUCAGCUUGAGCAGAGCUGGAAUUGAGAAUCUGGCUAAGUUGGAGGACCGAAAAGAGCCCUGGCUCGUUGUUCUCUAUGCACCAUGGUGCCGCUUCUGCCAGGCUAUGGAAGAAUCAUAUGUGGAUUUGGCAGAAAAUUUAGCAGGAUCAGGAGUGAAGGUUGGAAAAUUCAGAGCAGAUGGUGAUGAAAAAGAAUAUGCAAAGAGUGAACUGGGGUUGGGAAGCUUUCCCACAAUACUCUUCUUCCCGAAACACUCUUCUCGGCCGAUUAAGUAUCCUUCAGAAAAAAGAGACGUUGAUUCAUUGUUGGCAUUUGUGAAUGCCUUGAGGUGAUAUGAUCGAUUGAGAGUAUUUUGCUCAAGGUUCCGUCACACUCACACGGGCAAUAAAUUUAUAAAACCGAUUUUGGCAAGAAUGUGGGAAUCGCAGUUUUGGCAGCAAAACUCAGAUUCACAGCUUGUAGUAUCUCUGUAUAGUAGAUGAUCUUCCUACUAAGUAAUGGUAGUAGUCAGUGAGGGGGUUUGAUUUACUGUUUUUUUGGAUGAGUAGAGUUAUGGUUGUAUCAUGCUUCUUUUCAAUAAUAUAAAGAUCUAGUUUUUGCGAUUUA